AUGCUCGGCCUGGCAUAUCUCGUCCAUUCGUAUUAUACCGUAUUUCAAGACCCCGCCGACAUAUCCCGGCUCGAGUUCGCCAGCCCAUACAUCGGUCUGAAGGAGCUCUAUGCCAGCGGCCGCGUCAACUCGUCCCGAAUCGACCCGAUCCUCGUCCGUCCUCGCUUCUCCGCGCAGGUCUUUCCAGAAGAUGCGUACCGGCUCGCGCCCCUUGGAGAGCGGGAUCGUUGGGAGAACGAUUUCGGGCGGAUCAGUCCGCAUGAGCGGAGGCUCCAUGUAACUCCGGAGACACACACGAUCGUCCAGCUCCGCGCCAUCGACUUCGGAAUGGAAGAUUGCGAGCUCACCGUCACCCUCCCCGCGCCCGCCGAUGCCCUCGAGUCCGGCGCGUUCUUCGAUAUGACCGCCGGUUCCCGCUUUGACGUCUUCCGGCUCGGCGUUGACCACAAAAGCCCAAUCGAUGUCAAGAAGCUCUCCUUCCGGUCGAAGCCAGGGGUGCUUGAGCAGGUCGCGAACGGUUUGGUGCUCGUGCCAGGCAAAGACACGGUGGUGCACCGGUUCCCGUGCCCCUCGGCAUCGGUCCACGCUUUCGAGUUCGCAUGCCCACGGGGUUCCGACUGCAGGCUAGACGCCUGGUCGAGCCAAAACACGACGUUCGGUGUCAAUAUGUACCAGUACCAGACUAUCUAG